AGGCGGCGUGACGUGGGAGUUAGCAUGUGCCGCUAAGCUAGCUAUGCUGACGAGUGGAAAUCGGAUUCUUGUUCAACAUCGCGUCAGUUUCGGGUCGCCUGAGAGCCUACCAUGUCGGUUCUGGGAGUGAUUGACAGCGACUCGUGAAGACGCCAUGUGCUGAGUCAGCCUUUGGACCGAGGCCCCAUCUGCAUCAUCACCACAACAGCAACAUGUCCGCCUCAAAUCAGGCAUCAAGCGAGGACACGUCAUGUCCUCCGACAGACACCGCCAAGGAGUGUCUGGGAAACACGGCGACAGUGAGGACAGAGGCCAUGGGGCAGCUGACAAGCGACCAGAAUGACAGACCUCCGGCCGAUCAGGAGGAUGGAGCGGAGCCAACGCUGUCAGAAAAUGGACCAACCCGUGAUGACGCUGGAGAAGACCUGCCAGGGGUCGUGGUCACGGGUGCCGGGCCGGAGGCUGUGGAGAGUUUGUCCGUGGCGACGGCAGACAGCUCAGACGAGCUGCGAGAGUCCAGCGACUCUGCAUCCUUCUCCCUUCCCAGUCUGGAUCUCUCUGAGGGGAUGCCGGCGGCGGCGGCAGGUAGCUUGCAGGAGCCGGAUGACGUUUUGUCAUCGUCUUACUCUGCGUUGGGGGUGGAGGGAUGCUCGCCGGCCAAUGAGGUGGCGAGUCUGAAGGACGACGAGGUGGCAGGAGGCGCUGCUCCCGCCGAAGCUGCGGCAGGCACAUCGGCGGCUUACUACCUGGUCAAGUGGAUCACCUGGAAAAAGAAGAAGACCCCCAUUAUCACUCAAAGUGACAACGGACCCUGCCCCCUGCUGGCCAUCAUGAACAUACUCUUCCUUCGCUGGAAGGCAAAGCUCCCCGCUCAGACUGAAGUUGUCACCACAGAGGACCUGAUGGCUCACCUGGGUGAGUGUGUGCUGUCAGUUACACCCAGGCAAAAGACGGACGGGAUGGAGCUCAAUUUUCAACAGAACAUGAGCGACGCCAUGGCGGUGCUGCCCAAACUGUCGACGGGGCUCGACGUGAACGUUCGCUUCUCGGCCGUCACCGACUUUGAGUACACGCCCGAGUGCAUCGUCUUUGACUUGCUGGACAUCCCGCUCUACCACGGAUGGCUGGUGGACCCCCAGAGUCCCGAGAUGGUGGCCGCUGUCGGCAAGCUGAGUUACAACCAACUGGUGGAGAAGAUCAUCGACUACAAACACUCGGCCGACAGCACACAAGUCGCCGAAGGUCUGGUGGCCGAGCACUUCCUGGAGACGACGGCCACUCAGCUGUCCUAUCACGGCCUGUGCGAGCUCAACGCCGCUGCCAAAGAGGGGGAAAUGUGCGUCUUCUUCAGGAACAACCACUUCAGUACCAUGAUCAAACACAAGGGGCACUUGUACUUGCUGGUGACGGACCAGGGCUUCCUCCGCGAGGAGGGCCUGGUGUGGGAGUCUCUGCACAACGUGGAAGGAGAUGGGAACUUUUUGGAUCACCUGGAAAAAGAAGAAGACCCCCAUUAUCACUCAAAGUGA